AUGAUCGCUUGGUCAGAGAAGGAGUUGGAUGAGAUCACGGACGAGUUUCUUUCAAUGAUGCUUGGUGAACAAGAGUUCUUAGAUCGGUGGGCCAUGAAUGUAGAAGCAGAACUAGCCUAUGCGGAGGAAGUAUCGGUAAGCAGCACUGUUCUUCCUUGCUAUAGUAUAUUGUUGAUCGCGUUGUGGUCGCAAUUCUUAGUUAUGCUGUCCUCGCAAGUUUGUAAUAUGAUGGCUAAGAGCAGUUACUUUACAUGUAAUCUUUCUUUGGUAAGCUUAAACGAGGUUGAUAUAUAA